AUGGAAGAUGAUGAUAGAAUAAAUCUACAGGAACCAUUAAAUCAUGACGAUGAAGCACAGAACAAUCAAGAUAUCCCUAAGGGGGUGGAAAAUACCGAAUCGAAUAGUGAGACAGCAAAAAAUAGUGCCAAUGAUUUGAGUGAUGACAAUAAUGAUAACAAUGAAGAUAACAACAUAAAUAAACCCAAUGAGUCGACCAUUACAGAUUCAAGGAAACGUCCUUUCAGUCCUGAUUCAAUUCAUUAUGAAACUAUCAAGAAGCGAAUCCCACCAUCCCAGAUGGAGAAAUUCUGGGAUUAUCUAGAUUCUGCAACUAUCUCAUCAUUGACUAAAAUCAUGGAUAUCGGAAUAGUGAAGUCGUUGGAAAGAUUGUCUAAUGCCAACAAAUCUAAAGUUGCAGAGAAAUAUUUACUCAAAUCAUGGGUCCUGGAUGAUCCAAGAUCUUUCAUAACAAGGUUGAAUUCUACAACAUUACCAAAAUCACAUUCCAUGCAUUCAACCAGUUACAAAAAUGACGAGAAUCUAGAUAUUUUGAAUUAUGAUCAUUUGAAUCAUCGAAAGAAAUGGCUUGAAACAUACUUAUCAGCUGAAAUCAAACAACUAGAGGAAUUGAAGAAGUAUCAUGAACGAUUGAAUGACAAUUUUCAAGCAGAUAAAAACUAUUUGAAAGAUUUGGAGAAGACUAUUGAUGUAAAUAAGUCCAAAAUGUCAAAAGAAAGGUCAAAAAGAGAAGUAUUCACUCAUGUUAGAGUAAACAAACACGAGAAGGUUAAUGUUAUGGAAGAUAGUCGAUUUCAAUUUGAAGAAAACGAUGAAUUCUCCUCGACUUUGACCGACUUGAACAACAACUUAACCGACUUACAGAAAAGAUCACAAAAUCUCCAUAAACUUAAUGAUACUUUGACAUCGUUUUUAAACAAUGUUGACUAUAAUGAAGAUAUAUAG